CAUUCUCUCUGAGAGGGUGUGCCUAUUUCUUAGAACUGGAUUUAUAAACAGCUUGAUAUAAAGCUGUUUGGGAACACUUCAUCAACACAAGGACAUUUUGAAGAGAAUGAAGGCCCGUGCCCCGCCCCCGCCACAUGUCCCUCUACCCGCCCCACGCCACAUCUUCAGAAACGCUGUACCUGAUGGGGGAGGGACAUCAGACAUGGACGCCAAGGAGAACCUGCUGAGGCCCACUGUGGAUUUACAGCUCACCCUCCCCCAGGGACACCAGACUGCUGUCACUGAGGAUGGAAGUAAGGCUCUGAUGGACCUGCUGGUGGAGCAGUGCAGCCGUCACCACCUGAACCCAGCGCUGCACACCCUGGAGCUGCUGACGCCCGAGGGCCACUCUUUGGGGUUCAAGCCCAACGCGCUGCUGGGCUCCCUGAACGUGGCCUGUGUCCUCAUCAAGGAGAAAGUCUGGGAGGAGAAAGUGGUGCGCAGACCGGCGCCCAAAGUGCCAGAGAAAACCGUGCGUUUGAUGGUGAACUACCACGGCAGCCAGAAGGCAGUGGUGCGGGUCAACCCGUUGGUGCCGCUCCAGGUUCUGAUACCAGUCAUCUGCGAUAAGUGUGAAUUUGAGCCGGCACAUGUCCUGCUCCUGAAGGACGGCAUCAGUCGCCACGAGUUACCGCUGGACAGAUCUCUGCUGGACCUGGGGCUCAAGGAGCUCUACGUACACGAUCAGAGUCUAGUUCUCCAGCCUAAAAUGGCUUCUGCUCCUGCUCUUAACUACUCAGAGUCCAUCCGCUCUAAUACUAACAGUUUGGGCAGAGCAGAGAAGAAAGGCCUUCUGGGUAUCUUCCAGUUCAGCAAGAGGAAAACAAAGACAGAAACAACAUCUAUGGACAUGGAUGACUGUGACACACAAUCCGAUGUAAGUAUUCCUAACACAUCUGUGUCCAUUGUCCAGAUGUGA